AUGACUGUAGAUAGAAUCUCCAAAGAGGAAUUACUUGCUAACUACGACACAUUCCUAUUCGAUGCCGAUGGCGUCCUCUGGACAGGUGACAUUCCUGUCCCUGGAGCCAUCGAAUGGAUCAAUCUUCUACUCUCCGAUCCUUCCAAAAAAGUUUUUGUGCUCACUAACAACUCCACGAAAACUCUGGAUCAGUAUAUGAAGAAGAUUGAGAAGCUGGGAUUUGGUCAUCUGGGAAGUGACAAUGUAAUCAGCCCCGCUAUCGUCCUCGCCGACUAUCUCAAGAGCAAGCCGGAGAAAUUCGCUGGAGAGAACAUUUAUCUGAUUGGAACCGAAAAUCUCAAGGCAACACUGGAAAACGACGGAGGUGUGAAGUGUUUUGGAACCGGUCCGGAUAGUAUUCGUGAUCACACCGACGGAGACUUCAUCCACCACGUGGAUAUGUCCAUCUCUCCCAGAGCAGUUGUCUGCAGCUAUGAUGCUCAUUUUAGUUAUCCAAAAAUUAUGAAGGCAGCCAACUUUUUGCAAGAUCCAAAUGUGGAGUAUCUGGUCACAAACCAAGACUACACCUUCCCGGGACCAGUCCCAGGAGUUGUUAUUCCUGGGUCCGGCGCCACGUCAGCAUCAAUCACGGCGGUGACUGACAGGCAACCGACAGUAUUCGGAAAACCACACAAACCAAUGGCAGACUUUUUAUUGCGACGAGCCCAGGUGGAUCCAAAGAGAACGGUGAUGUUUGGAGAUCGUCUGGAUACAGAUAUCAUGUUUGGAAACGCCAAUGGACAACUCUCCAUCACCUCUCGUCAGCAGAACAAUGAGACCGAGGAGCCCCAGAAACAGGGAUGGAUCAGCAAGUUGCUCAAGGGACAGAAUACGGAUCCUUCCAGUUGGCAGAAGCAGUCUCACUCGUCGUUGCUCUCGAAUUCCGAGUUGAUGUAUGAGUUCAUGACUCAUAACUACCGUCCAGGAGAGCAAGAUGCGUAUUUGGAUGCAUUCGGAAAGUACAAGAACGAGAUGAAUGCAAAGAAUCCAUCCAUCGAACUCGUUGGAUCAUGGACUUGUUCAUACGGAAGAACUCGUGAUCAGGCCAUUCAUCUGUGGAGACACAACAAAGGAUACGAAGAUGUCGAUUCCUCAAUUGCUCUUCACGGAAAAGACUCUGGAAUUCGUGCGGCCGAUAACGACGUCGCCAGACUCUGUGGUCGCCGUAAGAAUCUGAUAGUGAAGUCGUUCAGCUACUGGAGGGAACCCGAACAACGUCCACCAAACCACGUGUAUGACCUUCGUUCGUAUGUUCUUCAGCCAGGAACUAUGAUCGACUGGGCUUCUGCAUGGGCCAAGGGAAUCCAGUAUCGUCGUGAAGCCAAUCAGGACGUCGGAGGAUUCUUCGCGCAAGUCGGACAGCUUUACGUCGUCUACCACAUUUGGGCCUAUCCAUCUAUGUCGGAUCGUAACGACACUCGUCACGCCACGUGGGCAAAGCCAGGAUGGGAUGCGACUGUUGCCAAUACAGUUCCACUCAUCAAGAAGAUGCAAUCGAAAAUACUCACACCAACCAGAUAUUCGCAGCUCGAAUAA